GCCCCCUCCCGGCCCGGGCCGGCCCCGCUGGCUCGGCUCAAAGUUUGCGGCCGCCCCUGCGCCCGCCCGAUGUAUGGGUGAUAUACUGCGGCGGUGUCAGGGUGAGGGACGGCCAUAUUUGCCGGUGCGGCCCGAGCCGUCAACAACAAAAAGUGCGCGGGAGCUCGGCGGGCGCACGGACGGGCGCACGGACCCCGGGCCCGCCUCGCCGCCGCCCGGCCUCGCCGCCGCCGCCGCCUCGCGGGCCGGGCCCCGCGGCGCCCCGCGCGCCCCGCCGCUCGGGGGGAUGUCUUACAAACCGAACUUGACCGCGCACAUGCCCGCCGCCUCCCUCAACGCCGCUGGGAGCGUCCACCCGCCUUCCACCAGCAUGGCGACGUCCUCACAGUACCGCCAGCUGCUGAGUGACUACGGGCCACCAUCUCUCGGCUACACCCAGGGAACCGGGAGCAGCCAGGUGCCUCAGAGCAAAUAUGCGGAGCUGCUGGCCAUCAUUGAAGAGCUGGGGAAGGAGAUUCGGCCCACGUACGCUGGCAGCAAGAGCGCAAUGGAGAGACUCAAACGAGGCAUCAUCCACGCGAGAGGGCUGGUUCGAGAGUGCUUGGCCGAAACGGAGCGGAACGCCAGGUCCUAGCCGCCCGGUCAGCACAGAAGGCUCUCUGUCGUCCCCUCCUGAGAAGCUCCAGUUCCUCUCCCCUGUUCAGAUGAAACUUGUUUGCAAAUGGUAACAGUUCCGUUGCUCCUCCCGCGCCGCCUCCUGUGGGUCGUUAGGCUCUGAACCUACAAGUUGCUAAGCUGGAGGAGAUGUUGCAGUCGACUGGGAUUUACACGUUAGUUAGGAACUAGCCAGGGUGGUGUCGUUGUUUUUGGUUUUUAAAGCAUUGGUUAAAAGACGCACGUCACUUACCCAUCUCACAGCUCCAAGAUGCAAGUGUUUCUCUUUUUGAAGACGUUUAUGUUACUCAGAUCGUUCUUGGUUUCUCCUCCGGAGCUAACACAGCGCUGAGGGUUUUCUUUGUAGUACGUACUGACUGCCGCACGCUUGAGUAGCCGGUCCCCGUUUGCCGUCCAGCAUAGAUUCCGCUUCACGUAACUUCUUUUUUGCUUAAGCAUUUGCAUGACUAUUAGUGCUUUGAAGUCCAUUUUUAAGGUGAACAAGUCAUAAAUACAGAAGAAAGAGCAGCUUACCACACCCCGCCUAGCAAGGACCCCUGAAAUUUUUCCUAAGUCUGUAUGUAGAUUUCAGACCCGCCUUUUCCUGUAAGUUGAUCCAAACAUCAGGAAGAAAAUGACUAACACUGUUUGCAUCUUUGUAUGUAUUUAUUACUUGAUGUAAUAAAGCUUAUUUUCAUUAACAA